AUGCCCGGCGGAGCGGAACUCCGGCGGCCGCUGACCCUGGCCGAGGCCGGACCGGGCACCGAGAACGAGCGGCUGGGAGUGGUCCGGGCCAGCAUGCUGCGCAACCCGCUCAUCCUCAAGGAAGAAGUGGGGAAGCCCCAAAGAAACUGCUACAGCCUGCCAGGCUUUGAUUUUACAUAUGGGCUGUACAUCCCCAGGACAGAAGGAGUUGCUGAAGCAAUAGGCCACUGGAACACAGUAGACCCCAGAUUUACAGAGCGCAGGAUCAUGGGGCGAGACUUCAUCACCAUGAACCGAGGUGCCCUGAAGGAAGGUUGUGUCACAGCCAGGGAACAUAACAUGUACUACAAGUUCAAGGACCUUCGGCUCAAGGGUGGACCCACACACUCCCGGAGAAGGCCUCCUAAAAUACCUAUGGACAUGACUUUUGGCAUGCCCCCAAGGCCUUCCACUCCCCUAUUUGACCUCCUCCAACACAGAUACAAGGAACUGUGGAUGGAAAAACAGAGAGCCCGGACAAUAAUCCAGCGAGUGGAGAAGAACAAGAGUCAACUAACAGACGUACGUGACACUUACAGCUCAUACCUGCGCAAACACCCACUACCUGCCAAGAAGGAAUCCUUCUGGCACCUGCGCCGCUUCGAGAAGGUAGGGCCUCAUCUCAGUACUUUUCCAGACCCUGAUGCUCGUAGAAAGGCCUUCAGUGCCUCCCAUUGA